AUGUGGGCAAUCUCUAGAUCUUCUCGCGAAGUCUAGAGAUUAAUGAAGUGGGUUGUCGAAUCGUCUCCGGCGGCUGUCACCCAGCAGAGCAUAAAAACGACGACUUUGUGGCUCUUUGGCGGCUGUCACCCGACGGAGAGGAGCUAGAUAGAGGUGGGACACGUGUCAGAGAGCUUCAUCCUUAGGUCCACACAGCAAGAGGAGGCUCUUCAUUGCAUCUAGUACGCUCUCAGGAGGUGGCGACUCGUCUCCCAGUAGAUUGUCCUCUUCCUGAUGAUGGCUUGUUCGUCGAUCAAUCAGAGAUGAUUUACUCAAUGGAUUCGUGAUCCUUUUAUCGCAAAUCGUUCAGCAAUUUUAGUAGUAAUGCUCUACGAAUCGCAUUGAUGAGAUUUUUGCCAAUGAUCUAGUAAUUCUCGUUGCUUAAUCCUUCACCGGCGAUCUGCAGAAAAGUCACAAUAAUUAGAUAAAAAUAUAUGAAUUUUGACUAUGGGAGGAUUCAAACCCAUGCAAGUCGCCCACCUAUGAGGAAGGUGUGAUGCGGGUUUAGUCCCACAUCGGUUGUGCGCCGAUUUUUCAGGCGAAUAUAUAGUAAUGUUAGGUUUGUAAGCAAAGUCCUUUCUCUCGUGUGUACGACCACUCCUUUCCCCACAACUAGUUGGCCUCUGGCGACAUGGAAAGAGAGUGGCGUACACGUGCCCCUAUCAGUCCAAGCUAAGUCGCUCGAGCCCCUGCUUGUAGCUACUCCCUGACUGCACUUCUAACCCGCUUGUUGGCCCAAUUGGCCGGCGGGUCCCCCAUUUUGUAAUAUUUUUAUUUUUAUUUCUUAUUCUUCAUUUAUCUCAAAAGUAAGAUUGUAAAAAUCGUAUAAAAUCACAUAAUUACCAAAAAAUUCACGUUAAUCAACUAAAAACCACAAAUCAUUCUUUAACACAAAUAUAAGUUUAUUUAUCAUGAGUUAAGGCUAAAACUAUAUUAUUUACUAAUUAUUAACUCAUGAUAAUGAAGACUUAUCAAGUCCGCACCCUUAUUUCCUUUUUUUAUGAAUUUUAAAUAUAUUUUCUUUUCAUUUCUUAGUAUAAAAUUUAUAAAAAAUAGUAUUCUUUGCAGAAAAUUCUGAAUAAUUACUAGAUAUUAUAUUACAUCUUUGUGAUCGACCUGGAAAAUUAUUGUUAUUUUUAAAAGUUUUAUUGAAUUAUAAUUAAUAUAUUUGUUUAGAAAUAUGUCUAAAUAUCUAAAAAAUCAUAUUUUCUAGCUUUCUAAAUUUUAGAUUUGUGUGAUUUAAUAUACAAUGACUAAGUCAUAUCACCUCACCAUAGUAAAGUGGUUACUUUAUCAAUUAUGUGUUAAUGAUCAUCUUGUUUCUCAUCCUCCUUAUCGGGCUGAUAUGACUUUAUUAGUAAAACAUAGAAAAUUAGGUAAAUUUUUAGUCUCCUCAAUAGGUUGAGAUGGUAAGUCACUCUUUCUAUCCACACCACAACCUAAAAGGACAUGUCAUAUUGGGAUACUAGUCCUCAAUGUCUCUUUGAUCUCUUCAAAUUUUUGUAGAUUGUUCAUUGAGUCAUAGCAAGAUUUAAUCAUUAACAUUGAACUUCACUUCAAUUGAUGGUAAUUUAUAAACUUCUUCAUUCCUCACUCUACAUGUGUUAGUGUAUCAUGUGGCUCUUCUAUGUGCAUAUGUGCAUGUUUGUGAUGUUCCCAACUAUUUUGUUACCUCUAGCAAUGUCAAAAAUUACUUUCAUGUUGCUAGUUUGAAUAGUGAUUAUUAAAUCACCAAACUCUUAUGUAUAUUGUAAGAAAAUUAGAUGACAUCUAAUAGAUUAAUAUAAUUAUACUGAUUAGUAAUAACAUAGUGUUAUAAAUACUCUUUGAACAUCCUUUUGAUCCUUUCAAAUUGUCCAUCCAUCUAUAAGUGAAAACUUAAAGAAAACUUCAAAUUGUGUGUUUGUCUAUCUAAAUAGACAAACACACAUAUCAAUAGGCUGCCUAAUGAACCACACAACUCAAUCACUCAAUUUAUCUCAUGGCAAAUCUUGCCACUUUCUCAUGAAGAGACAUGUCACCUCUUCUAUUAAGGUAUCAAUUUGUGAUAGCAUGAAUAUAACAUACCUAAAGAAGCAACCUAUGAUGAUAAAGAUUGAGUUGUGAUCUUUUACCUUCAGUAAAAACAAAUAAUAAAAUCUAUAGAGAUAGACCCUCAUAGUAGGGAAUGAACAUUGGCUCUAAUGUCUCUAUGGCCUUAUGAUGAUGCUCUAUUUUGUUUUGUUUUCAUAAUAAAAACAUUAUUUCAUAUAAAUGAAUAAUUUUACAUUAUCUACAUGAACCUCAUUUUUGAGCCAAGUCUUUACACUCUCACAGAGGAGGAGGGACCCUUGGCCUCUUCUUGACUUUAUGAAUUGCUAAUCACCAACCCUUUCCUUGCCUCAUCAUUGACUGUACCUUGACCCUCUUCCCUUGCUCCUUUGCAUUUGCCAUCAGGAAUUGUCUUCCUCUACCUCCUGCAAAACCACUCAAAAUCUCUCCAAACUGGACUUUGAAGCAAUUCAUUAGACAUCAAAGAAGGCUAUACUAUUCCCCAGCCUAUCCUUCCCAUGGGAUAAUAAGUUUACUUCUUGUUCUUACUUCUUUUUUGAGGUUGGCCCUUUCAGUCCAUAUCACUCCUUGCAGUUUAGAGAGCAAAAGGUUUUAAUUUUCUAGAUUAUAUUGGUAGUGUUUGAGCUUCUCUACCAUACCAUCAAUCUGCAUGGUUUACCUCUAAAGUGAGUUCUAGCUUCUUUAGCCUUCAGUUUUUGAUGAUCAUUCUCUUCCUUAUUUUCUUGCUAUGAGGAGUUGGGUAGCUUUUUCCUCACAACUUCUUACCCCCCUUUCUUUUCAAAUUAUCUUUCUUCUUUUUUUUCCUUUUUUCUCUUGCUCUUUCUCCUUUUUUUUUUCCCAGCAUGGCCAACUUUUGGCACUUUUACACCACAUCCUAUCUUCUGUUCCACCCCUUUUAUUUUUUUUAACCAUCCAUCCCCUCAGCUUAAUUGGGUGCACCAUUGACGUGACUCAGUCGUUGUAUAUUAAAUCACGCAAAUUUAAAAUUUAUAAAACUAGAAAAUACGAAUUUUCGGAUAUUUAGAAGUAUUUCUAAAUAAAUAUAUCAAUUAUAAUUCAAUAAAAAUUCCAAAAAUAGCGGUAAUUUUCCAAGUCGAUCACAGGGAUGUAAUAUAAUAUCUGGUAAUUAUUCAGAAUUUUUCUCAAUGAAUACGAUUUUCUUACGAAUUUUAUACUAAGAAAUAAAAAGGAAAUAUAUUUAAAAUUCAUGAAAAAAAGGAAAUAAGGGUGCGGACGUCAGGAUGACGUCAGCGCCCGGCGAACGCGAAUCAGGCGGAAACAAAGUUCCGCCCGGCGAUUCUUACGUAGGCGAUUACAGACGACUCAAUUAAUCAAAUUAAGAUCUGUAAAAGCCGGAAGAAUCGUAAUUGAACGAAGUAUAGUUUGGUAAAUAAAAUCAACAAAGUAUCACUAAAUGAAGCGUAAAUUAAAUUGAAAGCAGGAAAACAGAGUUCCGGCGUCGCGACGGCGAUGCGUCGGCGAUGCACCGGAAUCCUGAGCGUUCGGGAGGAUCGUCGUGCAGUGUCCACGGCCUCGAAGGCUCUCCUUGGACAAAGACGACGUGGGCAAUCUCUAGAUAAAGCAGGAAAAUUCCGGCGUCGCGACGGCGACGCGUCGGCGAUGCACCGGAAUCCUGAGCGUUCGGGAGGGUCGUCGUGUAGUGUCCACGGCCUCGAAGGCUCUCCUUGGACAAAGACGACGUGGGUAAUCUCUAGAUCUUCUCGCGAAGUCUAGAGACCAAUGAAGUGGGUCGUUGAAUCGUCUCCGGCGGCUGUCACCCGGCGGAGCAGAAAAAUGGCGACUUUGCGGCUCUCCGGCGGCUGUCACCCGACGGAGAGGGGCUGGAUGGAGGUGAGGCGCGUGUUAGGGAGCUUCAUCCUCAGGUCCGCGCAGCAAGAGGAGGCUCUUCAUCGCAUCUGGUACGCUCUCAGGAGGUGGCGACUGGUCUCCCGGCGGAUCGUCCUCUUCCCGACGACGGCUUGUUCGUCGAUCAAUCGGAGAUGA